AACAAUUAAAAAAAAAAACAAAAAGAACCCUAAAAUUCUUCACCAGGGUUAAAAUCGAGAGCAAAUAUCUUGCGCCAACUCUUUCUUUCUACUCAUCCAUGUCCCCAAAAUCCCCUUCUCAGAAGAAGAGAUACAGGGGUAUUGGGGCUGUGUUUGGGGACGUCAACGCUAUCAUGGCUAUGAUCAUUCCUAAAGAACUUGACGCAUUAGAGAAGGAUUCCGUUUCUUCUGCUUCCUCUGCUUCUUCUUUUGAUUUGCGGUUUCAGGCCACUGCAUUCACGUUACCCAUUAAGGAUUUCUUGAGGACUAGAGAAGUUGGCGAAUUUCUUAGUGGGGCUCUAGCAGGGGCCAUGACUAAAGCUGUUCUUGCUCCACUUGAGACCAUCAGGACUCGAAUGGUUGUCGGUGUUGGAUCCAAAAAUAUUUCUGGUAGUUUCCUUGAGAUCAUUGAGCAGCAGGGUUGGCAAGGGCUUUGGGCUGGCAAUACAAUCAAUAUGAUCCGAAUAAUCCCCACCCAGGCAAUUGAGCUGGGAACAUUUGAGUGGGUGAAGCGAGCAAUGACAUCAACACAGGAGAAAUGGAGACAGAAAGAAUGCCUGAAGGUCCAAACUGGUCAAAUCGGUUUAAACUUCUCUCUCUCCUGGAUUUCUCCAGUUGCUGUGGCUGGUGCAGCUGCUGGUAUUGUCAGCACGCUUGCUUGUCAUCCUCUUGAAGUUUUGAAGGAUAGGCUGACUGUGAGUCCUGAUAUAUAUCCUAACUUAAGCAUUGCGAUUAACAAGAUUUACAAGGAUGGUGGUAUUGGUGCCUUUUAUGCUGGUAUUUCACCUACGCUAAUUGGCAUGCUUCCGUACAGCACAUGUUACUAUUUCAUGUAUGAGACCAUGAAAUCUUCCUAUUGUGAAGCAAAGAAUAAGAAGACUCUAAACCGUCCAGAAAUGCUCCUAGUUGGAGCUCUAUCAGGGUUAACUGCUAGCACCAUCAGCUUUCCACUAGAAGUCGCAAGAAAACGGCUAAUGGUGGGAGCUUUGCAGGGUAAGUGCCCGCCCCACAUGAUUGCAGCACUUGCAGAGGUUAGAGAAGAGGGUUUGUUGGGAGUUUACAGAGGGUGGGGUGCUAGUUGUUUGAAAGUAAUGCCAUCAUCUGGCAUCACCGGGAUGUUUUACGAAGCUUGGAAAGAUAUACUGUUCAUGGAGAAACGUGGGCUAUAACAGCAGCAGCUGUUAUGGAAUUUUUUACCAGAAUGAGCUAAUAGAGACCCAGAUCAAAGGUCUUUUUGAUAAUUAUUAGAAAGUGGAAGUCUGCAGGAACUAAUAGCCUUUAUCUCAGAAUCAAUUAUUUAUUGUUUGCAAGGAAGGGAUAUGUGUUGUUGAAUAGCCCACAGCAAAUUAAUUUACACAGAUUCAAACAUGGUAUAACAAUCAGAAUAAUAUAUUUAAAACUAGUUUUCUCCAUUUAGAUUAA